AUGACGGAGGGUGUAUCGUCAUCGAGUGACGCCGCCGCCCAGCGAGCCGCAGAGCAGGCUCGCCUGCGCAAGGAGCGCCGCGAGGCCAAGAUCAAGGCCGGCGGCUCCUCGCGUCUCGACAAGAUUACCGGCAUCGGCGGCCGCGUUGUAGGAGACAAUGACCAGGCCGCUCCAGAAGCUACGACGAAGACGACAGCAGCAGUGUCGAAGCCCGCCGCUGCGGGCGACCCCGAUGAGGUGGACAUUUCCGAGCACUUUUACACGCCGGGGGCCGCACGCCUCGAGCAGCAGCAGCGUCGCGCGGCGGCGGCCGCUCCCUCGCCUGCCGCCGGCGGAGACGAUGGAGCCUUUUUCCCGUCGGAUAUGACGGAAGAGCAACGGGCGCAGCUGCGGCAAAUGAUGCUCGGGGGCGGCGGUGGCGCGCCGGGCACUCCCGGUGCCGGCGAGGAGGACCCGCUGAUGAAGAUGAUGGCGCAGAUGAUGGGUGGUGCCGGUGCCGGCGGACCAAACGCCUCACCGUUUGCGGGCAUGAUGGGCGCUCAGCAGCAGCAGCAGCAGCGGCCAUCCUCUGGGCCAGACGUCUACAGCACCGUUUGGCGGAUCGUGCACGCGCUGCUCGCGCUCGGGCUGGGCCUGUACGUUGUGCUGCGGACGCCGUUUGACGGGACGCGGGUGCAGCGAGAGCUAGCCUUUAAGCUGGCCGACGCCGACGGUAGCUCGCCAAAGGGGCUCGACGCGGCCAAGCAAAAUUUCUUUUGGGCGUUUGCGACGGCCGAGGCUGUGCUGCUGACGACAAAGUUUGCCCUCGACAAGGGUCGUCCGCCGCCACCGGGCAUGCUGUGGUCGGUGGCUAACCAGCUGCCGACGCCGUGGCGCGGGUACGUGGUGGGCGUGAUGCGGUACGGGCAAAUCUUCACGACGGUGAGGACAGAUGUUUUACUGUGCGCGUUUGUUCUGGGCGUGUGCGCGUGGUGGAAGGGCCAGCUUUAA